UCCAGUCUGCUUUCGACCGGUCGCCCUGAAAAAGCAGUGAAGAAGGAAGUGAAAGUUAAACCCACGUGUGGACCUUAGUUUACCUACCUGUGCUCUUCUGUGAGACAAACUGCUACGUUUAUAAACUACAGAAACUGCGUUUAUUUGCCAGUUUUCAACAUUGACCUCGCAGCCGUCCAUUUGGUCGUUUAGUUUGCCUCAUUAUGGCGGACAAGCAGGACGACGAUGCUAUGUAUACGAUUAACGAAGGAGACUACGUUGUGCUGAAGCGGGGAGAUAUCUUCAAAGCUGUGCAAAUACAGUCCAGGAAGAAGAUGGCGUUUGAGAGGCAGUGGUUUUUCCUGGACAACGCCGUGGGACAUCUGUACGGCACCACGUUUGAAAUCUUACCCGGAGGAAGCCUUCAGCCUCAAAAACAAAAGGACGCUCUAAGUUCUACUGAUGCAAUGGAGGCGGGCACAGACAACAGGAACAUCGUAGAUGAUGGCAAGUCCCAAAAGCUGACCAGGGAUGACAUCGAGACCCUCAAGGAGCAAGGUCUGAAGGGUCAGGAAAUCAUUCAGCAGCUUAUAGACAACAGCUCCACCUUCAGAGAUAAGACGGAAUACGCUCAGGACAAGUACAUCAAGAAGAAAAAGAAGAAGUAUGAAAGCACCGUGAGCAUUCUAAAGCCAACGUGUCGCAUCUUGGCUCUCAUGUACCACGGGCGAGAGCCAGGGAAGAUCUGUCACCUGCGCUACGACACGCUGGCCCAGAUGCUGACUCUCGCCAACAUCCAUGCCGGCAGCAAAGUGUUGGUGUUUGAAACGUGUGCCGGCCUGGUGCUGGGAGCCGUCAUGGAAAGGAUGGGAGGCUAUGGCUCAGUGAUCCAGAUGUACCCGGGGGGCGGGCCGGUAAGGGCGGGAGUGGAGAGUUUCGGCUUCCCCCCUCCUUUCCACGACACGCUGCAUGACUUCCCCAUCUGCCACGUCAACGCUUUGCUGGCGGGCACACUGGACACCAGCGCCAAGGACCCCAACACUGCAGAUGCCACACACCCCCACGUGGCAGCGGAGGAGACGCCGACGCAGCCCGCCACAGUGCAGAGUGACGGCCCAGAGGAGGCGAGCGUGGACACGAACGCAAGCGGCCCCUGCGGGGACCAACGUGUGGACGAAGAGCGGGAGCGAGGCAAAGAGGCCAAGGCUGAGCUGAAACGGGCGAAGCAGGAGCAGAGGCGCAAGCGGCUGGAAGCGGCGGCGGCCCAGUUGGAGGGCCGGAAUGCAGACGGGUUGGUCAUCGCCUCUCGCUUCCACCCGUGUCCCGUCCUGAUGAGCCUGCUCCGCUUCUUGGCUCCCUCCAGGCCCUUUGUGGUCUACUCUCAAUACAAAGAGCCGCUGGUGGACUGCUUCACCAAACUGAAGGAGCAGGGCGGAACCGUCAACCUCCGACUGACCGACACCUGGCUGAGGCACUAUCAGGUGCUGCCCAACAGGACGCACCCCGUGCUGCUGAUGAGUGGCGGCGGAGGCUACCUCCUCUCGGGGACCACGGUGGCCACGGAGCAGUCCGCUCCCGCCACAAGCGCCGCCGACCUCUCGCAGGAGCCGGCGCCGAAAAGACUGAAAGCCACUGAAAGUUGAUAACGAAAAAGACUGGAGUGGUCAUCAGGGCACAUCAGCCAUCGCCUCAGUGGAGCCGCCUGGUGGACACGCCCCAAGCUGGGUCAGGCAAGCAGAGUGUCUGGUUGCAUUCAUCACAAAGCGGGUCAGCCCCAAAGCCUCAGUUUGUAACCUUGCGUAAGAAAAACACAUGCACCAUGGUAGCUUUAUUUCUUUCUCGUAUACGCUAUGUUGUUGCAUCUUGACUGAAACCUCCUAAGAUGAAAAAGGUUACUUGUUUUUCAUGGAGCAUAAACCUUCACAAAAAAAUCUCACAAUGUGGAACCCCUUCAGUUGUGCUUCACGUGUUUCCACAUUUCCUUACAUUUAUGCUUCAAGUGUAGCCUGCUACCUUUGACGACCCGGGGAACCUCACUCCAUACAUUUCCCCUAGCCUGUUAAAGCUAAGUACGCCUUCGUAAUACUAACUAUGGUCAUGCAGCUGUAUUGGGGCGCUACCUUUGACGGCCCGGGGAACCUCACUCCAUCCAUUUCCUCUAGCCUGUUAAAACUAAGUACUCCAUCGUAAUACUAACUAUAGUCAUCCAGCUGGAUUGGGGAGCUACCUUUGACAGCACGGAGAACCUCACUCCAUCCAUUUCUCCUAGCCUGUUAAAGCUACAUACUCCCAUCGUAAUACUAACUAUGGUCAUCCAGCUGAAUUGGAGCGCUACAUUUGACAGCCCGGGGAACCUCACUCCAUCCAUUUUCCCCGGCCUGUUUAAAGCUAAGUACUCCAUUGUAAUACUUACUAACUAUGGUCAUCCAGCUGUAUUGGGGAGCUACCUUUGACAGCCCGGGGAACCUCACUCCAUCCAUUUCCAGGAUGUGCUAACCUUGGCUGUCUGGGGAACCUGACUCCAUUGUCCACCCCCCUCUGCUGGUUGCUCUUCAUAUUAACUGAAAUAUAGAGUUAAAGUUAGCCGGUUUCAAUGUGGAGAAAAGAAAAAAAAAUUCUGAAGCUGCCCAGCAUUCAUAUUAGUUGGGCUGCUAUUUAGUUUCAACAAGCUGAGGCUCAGAGCUCAAGAGCUUCAUUUAGUGAUUUUUGUAGGGGAUGUUUGAAAGACGCGUCCAGUACAUCUUUAUUAAUAUCACACAAAUCAUUCAUAUUAGUUGUUGAAACUGAAUAGCAGCCCAACCUGAGGCUCAGAGCUAAAGUGCUUCAUUGAGUGAUUUUUGUAGGGGAUGUUUGAAAGACACGUGCAGUACAUCUUUAUUAAUAUCGCACGAAUCAUUCAUAUUAGUUGUUGAAACUAAAUAGCAGCCCAACCUGAGGCUCAGAGCUAAAGGGCUUAAUUGAGUGAUUUUUGUAGGGGAUGUUUGAAAGACACGUGCAGUACAUCUUCAUACUAUCACACGAAUCAUUCAUAUUAGCCGUUGAAACUAAGUAGCAGCCCAAACUGAGGCUCAGAGCUAAAGGGCUUCAUUGAGUGAUUUUUGUGGGGGAUGUUUGAAAGACACGUGCAGUACAUCUUUAUUAAUAUCACACAAAUCAUUCAUAUUAGUUGUCGAAACUAAAUAGUAGCCCAACCUGAGGCUCAGAGCUAAAGGGCUUCAUUGAGAGAUUUUUGCAGGGGAUGUUUGAAAGACACAUGCAGUACAUCUUUAUUAUCUUUAUAUCUCUCACAUUAGUUGUUGAAAUUAAAUAGCAGCCCAACCUGAGGCUCAGAGCUAAAGUGCUUCAUUGAGUGAUUUUUGUAGGGAAUGUUUGAAAGACACGUGUUCGGUUCCAGAAUAGCUUUUUAUUGACGACAACGGCGGCAGACAUCCAAGCACAAUGACGUGGAUACGAACAUCUAAAUAACGUUCCCAUGCUGGAGAUCACGUCCGAAUAGCACAAACACAGCAAGCUUUUUUUUUUUUUUUUUUUUAAACACAU